GUUCAUCUCAGUACUACACCGGAAGAUGAAUGGGCCUUUACAUUCACUGCCACUUCGUUACGUGGAGGUGGACAAGCUAAAUUAGGGCUAAGCGGUUUGCCAAUGAACAAAGCUGCUAUUCCAAUUCGCAUGCAAAUUGAGCUUAGCAAUCCGAGAUUUGAAAUAUUCGGGACUGUUCUGGACACUGAUUACAAAACAUACUACUUGUCCUACUUUUGUCAGACAAUUAAUUCUGUUAAACAUGAGCACAUAUAUUUAUAUGGUCGGGGACCAAAUAUAAAUGCCCUAUCGCCAAAUACAACGGACCACUUCUUACAU